CUGACCUUAAACAAGAUUUACUCAGAACAUUUCGCGGGGUUGAUAUACCGGGCGGGUGUUGAAACGACAUGAGGGCAGAAGUUGACCUGUUGGAAUUAUAUCUAGCUAGCAAGGUAGUUUCUAUCUAUCUGUGAUUCGCAAGGACAACUACUUGAGAAAUCGGACUUGCUGGGUCAUCGUUUAACAGCUAGGUUGCGUGUUGGAGGGAGUUUCGCUCCGCUCUUUCCCAUACGUUCAAGCUUGCCAGGAGGCAAGCCAGGCGAAAAUAGUCCAACAAUGCCUCCCAUCGACGAUGACACUGGGAGGAAUCAACUAAAAUCUCGGAUACAGGAACUUAUUGAUUCAAACCAAGUGUUGGUAUUCAGUAAAAGCUACUGUCCAUAUUGUGUGAAAGUGAAGGAUCUGUUCAAGGAACUGAACGUGAAUUGCAAUGUGGUGGAGCUGGAUCUAAUUGAUAAUGGAUCAAACUAUCAAGAACUUCUGCUUGAGAUGACCAGGCAGAAAACUGUCCCCAAUGUCUUCGUCAACAAAACCCACAUUGGCGGCUGUGACAAAACAAUGCAGGCCCACAAAGAUGGCAUCCUUCAAAAGCUACUGUGCGAGAAGAAUGAGGUCUACGAGUAUGACCUCAUCGUCAUCGGGGGCGGAUCGGGAGGCCUGGCCUGCUCAAAGGAGGCAGCGACGCUGGGGAAGAAGGUGAUGGUGUUGGACUAUGUGGUGCCCACGCCGAAAGGGAACACCUGGGGCCUGGGUGGCACGUGCGUGAACGUGGGCUGCAUCCCCAAGAAGCUGAUGCACCAGACAGCCCUGCUAGGGACCUCCAUGCAGGAUGCCCGCAAGUUUGGCUGGGAGUUGCCUGAGGAGACAGUGAAGCACAACUGGGAGACGAUGAAGACCGCGGUGAACAACUACAUUGGCUCGUUGAACUGGGGCUACCGGGUGGCGCUGCGUGACAAGAACGUCAACUACGUCAACUCCUACGCAGAGUUCAUCGAGCCACACAAAAUCAAGGCGACCAACAAGCGAGGAAAGGAGACCUUCCAUACAGCAGCUAAGUUUAUCCUGGCGACGGGCGAGAGGCCGCGUUACCUGGGCGUCCCCGGAGACAAAGAGUACUGCAUCACCAGCGAUGACCUGUUCUCGCUCCCCCACUGCCCCGGCAAGACCCUGGUGAUCGGGGCAUCCUACGUGGCGCUCGAGUGCGGGGGUUUCCUUGCCGGCCUGGGCCUGGAUGUGACGGUCAUGGUACGCUCCAUCUUGCUGAGGGGCUUCGACCAGGACAUGGCCAACCGCGCCGGUGAGCACAUGGAAGAGCAUGGUGUCAAGUUCCUCCGGAAGUACGUCCCUGUCAAGGUGGAGGAGCUGGAGGCAGGCACUCCUGGGAGGCUGAAGGUGACAGCCAAGAGCACGGAGAGUGACGAAACCAUCGAGGGAGAAUACAACACUGUGUUGAUAGCCGUGGGGCGUGACGCGUGUACAGGCAAGAUCGGCCUGGAUCAAGCCGGAGUCAAAGUCAACCCCAAGAACGGUAAGGUCCCGGUGAACGACGAGGAACAGACCAACGUGCCGCACAUCUACGCCAUCGGAGACAUCCUGGAGGGCAAGUGGGAGCUGACACCCGUGGCCAUCCAGGCCGGAAAGCUGCUGGCACGCCGGCUGUACGCGGGAGCCUCGCUCAAGUGUGACUACGUAAACGUUCCCACCACUGUGUUCACCCCUCUGGAGUAUGGCGCCUGUGGGCAUUCUGAGGAGAAAGCUAUUGAGCUGUACGGCCAAGACAACUUGGAGGUGUACCACAGUCUCUUCUGGCCUCUGGAGUUCACUGUCCCCAACAGGGACAACAACAAGUGCUACUCCAAGAUCAUCUGCAAUAAACUGGACAAUGACCGUGUGAUCGGAUUCCACUACCUGGGGCCCAACGCAGGCGAGGUGACGCAGGGCUAUGGCGUGGCCAUGAAGUGCGGACUGACUAAAGAGCAGCUGGACAACACCAUCGGCAUCCACCCCACCUGCGCUGAGAUCUUCACCACCAUGGAGGUGACCAAGAGCUCGGGCGGUGACAUCACCCAGGCGGGCUGCUGAGGUUAAACCCUGCUCGUUUAGCAGGCUGUCCCGUUCUUCAUCUUAGAUAUCUCCAUCUCGCCCUCCCUCUCACCUCGUAUCUCUGCCAACCUGGCCCCCACUCAAAUUCUACAUCCAAGGCCAAUCUCUUCUCAGGAAAAAACAAUGAGGUGAUUAGAAACCAGGGUGGUGGGGUCUGAAUGAAUAAAACCACUCCUUUGGGAAUAGGGGUGGAUGGGGAAAUAUGUCUCGCUGUCUGAAAGAUUGAGCCAAAAGAUGCACUGAGGGGGCCUGUAGCGUGGACAUACAAGGUGAGAUAAUGAGAUGAGGUGAGUUACGAUCUAUGGGACAGCCUACUAGACAGCGGGGUUACUCUGCUGCUUUUUACAAGGUGCCACUUGUGUCUUGCUCAGAGGUGCACCACCCCUCUAGGGAUGUGUGAGUGCUAUUUGACGUCCUGGCCCUUAACCCAGUCACUGUGGUGGGCUAGGACCGAUGUCCCUCUGUGUCCAAAUGCACAUGGGGUGAACCGAACCCUUCGUCCAACUCCCCAACUUAAACACAUUUUACAUACGCAUACAUACACUCACGUAAGAUAUUGUUUCUUUUGUCAUCACGACUCUUCUCUUCUGUCAUGCCAUCAACAUUCUUGGCAGAAGUGUAUUAUCAAAUAUCUUAGAUAUGAAGAAAAAAAAACAUAAUUGAGGUUAAUGUGGUUGGCAAAGUAUGUUUGUUUUUAAUCUGCAUUUCUCAUGGUAUCGACCUUUCUCCACAUCAAGGUCGUUAGCCUUAGAUUAAAGACGCCUCCCAGUUCCAAUUUCUACCAAAGUGUUACCCAAAAAAGUGACAGAAGUCAAGAGAAAAAGAGCCUCCGACAUUCAAAGCUCUGCUGCUUCAGGAAACACUUUCUGUUAGGACUUCCAAGGAAUGAGUACAUAACUCGAAUUGUACUGAAUGUUAAAAAAUAAAUACAUCUUAAGUUUACAGUGGAGAAUUAAACAAAUGCUUCUUUGUAUCAGUUUGCUGUUUCGUUUGCCUCUGCAUUAUUUGUGUAUUUAAGAUGUAGCCAAUCUGGUAGAGGACAGUAUUUUAAGAUUAAAUAAAUUCCUAUGACUACUGUUGUUGAGCAGUGACACCGGUCAAACUGUAUAAAUGACUGCUUCACUGGUAUCACCUUUGUAGAUUAUCUUUUGAAGACAAAUAAAAGUUAUGUCAACAUGCAAGAUCA